AUGUCCAACCGGCCUAAUUCCAAUCCAGGGGGGUCACUGCGCCGUUCUCAGAGGAACACUGCUGCGGCUCAGCCACAAGACCAAACAGUCGCAGGAAGGUUGCAGUCAGAGCAGGUAAAAAAUAAAGCAAAUUCCCCGCCUGAGCAGAGAAGACCUAAUACUAAGGCUUCUAAAGCUACAGCCAGCUCAGCCACAGGCCAAUCCAGAGGGCACAGCACAAGAAGAAGUGGUCUUAGUCUGUCCGUGACUUCAUUUGUGUUGCAAGGCGACCCGGAGGCUGCAGGCACAUCUGAACAAGAACGUCGAGGUCAAAGCAAGAAAGGUGGGGCCAGUGCGGCCUCACUAACUCAGAAGCGCAAGAAAGCAGACUCCAUCCCUGGGCUGAGUAGCACCACUGGGUCACUCCCCAAUCGUACCGAGGGCAGAACUGCAAAACCCACCAAGCUGGCGUCUAAAUCGGCCGCCUCAGCCAAAGCUGGGUGUAGCAACGUGACAGAUUCCUCAUCUUCUGCCUCCACCUCGUCCUCUUCCUCUACCACAGGUGCCCACAGCACUGCCACACAAGGAGCCCGCGUAAAGCAAAGAAAAGACCAGACUAAAGCUCGUCGCUCUCGGUCGGCCUCAAGUCCCUCCCCACGUCGGAGUACCCGGGACAAGGAGCAGGCCAAAUCUGCCGGCUCAUCCAAGUUUGAGUGGGCAGCACGCUUCAACCCCAAAGUAAAUCUGCCAAAACCCAAGCUGUCCCUGCCUGGCUCUUCCAAGACUGAGGCGUCCAAACCUGGGCCAUCUGGAUUACAGGCAAAACUAGCAAGUUUGAGAAAAUCUACUAAGAAACGCAGCGAGUCUCCUCCAGCAGAGCUCCCCAGUUUUCGGCGGAGCACACGUCAGAAGACCACGGGCUCCUGUGCCAGCACUAGUCGGCGGGGCUCGGGCCUGGGCAAGCGUGGGGCAGCCGACGCUCGUCGACAAGAAAAAAUGGCCGACUCUGACAACAACCAGGAUGGGGCCAACUCAUCGAAUGCACGUGCAGACGAGGCUUCACAAGGAGCUUCAGCUUCAAGUUCAGUCGCAGGAGCCGUAGGCAUGACCACCUCGGGAGAGAGUGAGUCUGAUGAUUCUGAAAUGGGAAGGCUUCAAGCUCUCUUGGAAGCAAGGGGUCUCCCUCCUCAUCUGUUUGGGCCCCUCGGACCUAGAAUGUCCCAGCUAUUCCACAGAACCAUUGGCAGUGGAGCAAGCUCCAAAGCCCAGCAGCUUCUGCAAGGUCUUCAGGCUACCGGGGACGAGUCUCAGCAACUUCAGGCUGCCAUUGAGAUGUGUCAGCUGCUGGUUAUGGGGAAUGAGGAGACUCUAGGUGGAUUCCCUGUCAAAAGUGUGGUGCCUGCUUUAAUAACACUGUUACAGAUGGAGCAUAAUUUUGAUAUUAUGAAUCAUGCAUCUCGUGCUCUCACAUAUAUGAUGGAGGCCCUCCCUCGAUCUUCUGCUGUGGUUGUCGAUGCUAUUCCUGUGUUCCUUGAGAAGCUCAAGGUGAUUCAGUUCAUUGACGUAGCAGAGCAGGCCCUCACUGCCUUGGAAAUGUUGUCAAGACGACACAGCAAAGCCAUUUUGCAGGAUGGUGGGCUUGCAGACUGUCUCGUUUACCUUGAGUUCUUUAGCAUUAAUGCACAGAGGAAUGCUUUGGCCAUAGCAGCCAACUGCUGCCAGAGCAUAACUCCUGAUGAGUUUCAUUUUGUUGCUGAUUCUCUUCCACUACUCACACAAAGACUCACUCAUCAGGACAAAAAGUCAGUUGAGAGCACUUGUCUCUGUUUUGCAAGGCUUGUAGACAACUUCCAGCACGAGGAGAACCUGCUGCAGGAGGUGGCCUCGCGGGACUUGUUAACAAAUAUACAGCAGCUGCUGGUAGUCACUCCUCCUGUCCUCAGCUCGGGCAUGUUCAUCAUGGUAGUGCGCAUGUUUUCUCUUAUGUGCUCCAACUGCCCCUGCCUGGCGGUCCAACUCAUGAAGCAGAACAUUGCUGAAACAUUGCGCUUCCUCUUGUGUGGUGCAUCAAAUGGCAGUUGCCAGGAACAAAUUGAACUCGUACCCAGGAGCCCCCAGGAGCUGUAUGAAUUGACCUCUCUCAUAUGUGAGCUUAUGCCCUGCCUGCCUCGAGAGGGCAUUUUUGCAGUUGAUGUAAUGCUGAAGAAAGGCAGUGCUCAGACAACUGAAGGGGCCAUCUGGCAGUGGAGGGAUGAUCGCGGACUCUGGCACCCGUACAACCGCAUUGACAGUCGCAUUAUUGAGACAGCCCAUCAGAAUGGCGAGGAUGAAAUUAGCUUGUCGACCCUUGGCCGUGUCUACACUAUUGACUUCAACUCUAUGCAGCAGAUCAACGAGGACACCGGGACGGCCAGGGGCAUACAGAGGAAACCCAAUCCUCUCGCCAAUCCAAACACAGGAAGUCAUCAGGAGGUGCGGCGAGAAGAUGCGCGAGCUCAGCUGAUGAAGGAAGACCCAGAGCUCGCAAAGUGCUUCAUCAAAACUCUCUUUGGUGUUCUGUACGAAGUGUACAGCUCUUCAGCCGGCCCUGCUGUCAGACACAAGUGCCUUCGAGCCAUCCUCAGGAUCAUCUAUUUUGCAGAUGCAGAGCUGUUAAAAGACGUUCUGAGGAACCAUGCUGUGUCUAGUCACAUUGCCUCCAUGCUGUCCAGUCAGGACUUAAAGAUUGUUGUGGGAUCUCUACAAAUGGCUGAGAUCUUGAUGCAGAAGUUGCCUGACGUAUUCAGUGUUUAUUUUAGAAGAGAAGGUGUAAUGCACCAGGUAAAGAAUUUGGCAGAGUCUGAAAGCUUACUGGUGACCAGUCCUCCCAAAGCUUGUCAAAGUGGAAGUGCCAGCAUUUGUCCUACCAGCAACAGCACUGCGUCCACGACGUCCUCUAAUAAUGCUAUAGCUGAGCUAGGAUCGCCCAGCUACCAGCACAGCAUGGACGACUCCCUCGACCUCAGCCCGCAGGGGCGUUUAAGUGAUGUCUUGAAGAGGAAACGAGUGCCAAAAAGAGGGCCCAGGAGGCCAAAAUAUUCUCCACCAAGGGAUGAUGAUAAAUUAGACAAUCAAGCUAAAAGCCCAACCAGUACACAGUCACCGAAAUCCUCAUUUUUGGCAAGUCUAAAUCCAAAAACUUGGGGAAAACUGGGUGCCCAGACCAACAAUGCCAACUCUGAACCUCGCACGGCAGGAGUGAGUGGACUGGCCAGAGCACCACCAAAAGACUCAAUUUCAAAUAACAGAGACAAAAUAAGAGCCUGGAUCAAAGAACAGGCUUGUAAGUUUGUAGAACGCUACUUCAACUCUGAAAACGUGGACGGCAGCAAUCCUGCACUGAAUGUACUCCAAAGACUUUGCACAGCCACUGAGCAACUUGGACUGCAGGUGGAUGGCGGCACGGAGUGCCUGGUAGAGAUCUCCAAUAUUGUUUCCGAAUCUGACGUGUCGUCAUUUGAGAUCCAGCACAGUGGGCUGGUGAAACAGCUCCUGCUCUACCUGACCUCUAACACAGAUCGGGACCUGCUGAGUCGGGAUUUGCGCCUGAAGCGAUUUCUCCAUAUUUUUACUGACUGUCCGGUUCCAGGCAUGGAACCCCUUACUCGUUUGGACCCAACCAUGAAUGGAGCGUACCUGGCUUUGGUGCACAAGAUGAACAGCUGCUUGAGUCAGAUGGAGCAGUUCCCUGUUAAAGUUCAUGACUUUCCCAGUGGAAAUGGAAAUGGAAGCAGAGGAUCUCAAGCGCUGAAAUUUUUCAACACCCACCAGUUGAAGUGUCAGCUGCAGAGGCAUCCAGACUGCACCAAUGUGAAACAGUGGAAAGGUGGCCCUGUAAAGAUUGACCCCCUGGCUCUGGUCCAAGCCAUAGAAAGAUAUCUUGUGGUCAGAGGAUACGGGCGAAUCAGAGAGGAGGAUGAGGACAGCGACGACGACGGCUCAGACGACGAAAUAGAUGAAUCAUUGGCGGCGCAGUUCCUCAACUCUGGCAGCGUACGACACAGACUCCAGUUCUACAUUGGAGACCACCUUCUGCCGUACAACAUGACCGUGUAUCAGGCUGUCCGACAGUAUAGUCUGCAGGCCGAAGAGGAGCGCGAGUCCACUGAUGACGAAGCCAAUCCUCUGGGGAGAGCAGGCAUCUGGACCAAAACGCACACUAUAUGGUAUAAGCCUGUCAGAGAGGAUGAGGAGGGCAGCAAAGACUCAGUGGGUGGUAAGAGAGGCCGAGCACAAACCGCUCCCACCAAAACGUCCCCCCGAAAUGCCAAGAAACAAGAUGAGUUGUGGCAUGAUGGUGUCUGUCCCAGCGUAUCCAACCCAUUAGACACUUACCUCACUACGGAGCCACCAGAGACCAUAACCUUUGAUGACCCCUCUUUAGAAGUCAUUCUGCUGCUGAGGGUCCUGCACUCCAUCAGUAGAUUCUGGUUUUAUUUGUAUGAAAAUGCAGCAUGUAAGGAGAUAAUUUCCACCACAGAAUUCAUAAACAGUAAACUGACAGCCAAAGCCAACCGUCAGCUGCAGGACCCCCUGGUCAUCAUGACAGGCAACAUUCCUACGUGGCUCAUUGAGCUCGGAAAGACAUGCCCGUACUUCUUCCCCUUUGACACCCGGCAGAUGUUGUUCUAUGUAACAGCGUUUGAUCGCGACAGAGCCAUGCAGCGAUUACUCGACACAAACCCUGAAAUCAAUCAGUCAGAUUCUCAGGACAGCAGAGUAGCACCACGUCUGGAUAGGAAAAAGAGGACGAUUAACCGCGAUGAGCUGCUUAAACAGGCCGAGUCUGUGAUGCAAGACUUGGGCAGCUCACGAGCCAUGUUGGAGAUCCAGUAUGAGAAUGAGGUGGGCACGGGACUUGGCCCUACUCUGGAGUUCUAUGCACUGGUGUCUCAAGAGCUGCAGCGGGCAGAUCUUGGCCUGUGGAGGGGAGAGGAGGUCACACUGUCAAAUCCUAAAGGAAGCCAAGAGGGAACCAAAUACAUGUUCUGCUCAAGGGGGUUGUUUGCAGUUCCCUUUGGCAGGACGACCAAACCAGCACACAUAGCCAAAAUAAAGAUGAAGUUCCGCUUCUUAGGAAAGUUGAUGGCCAAGGCCAUCAUGGACUUUAGACUGCUGGAUCUUCCUUUAGGCUUACCCUUUUAUAAGUGGAUGCUGCGACAUGAGCUGUCUAUUAGCUCGCAUGACUUGACCAACAUCGACCCUGCUGUGGCCAAGUCCAUACAGCACCUGGAGGACAUCAUUCGGCAGAAGAAAAGACUAGAGCAGGACAGAUCACAGACCAGAGAAACCCUGCAGCAGGCACUGGAGAGCCUCAACAUGAACGGCUGCUCAGUGGAGGAUCUUGGGCUGGACUUCACUCUCCCGGGAUUCCCAAACAUUGAGCUGAAGAAGGGAGGGAAAGACAUUGCUGUGACUAUCUACAACCUGGAGGAAUACCUCAGGUUGGUGGUCUACUGGACCCUAAACGAAGGAGUGUCCAGACAGUUUGAAUCGUUUCGUGAAGGAUUUGAGUCUGUGUUCCCACUGCAUCACUUGCAGUAUUUCUAUCCAGAAGAGCUGGACCAGUUACUGUGUGGUAGCAAGUCCGAGACAUGGGAUGUGAAGACUCUCAUGGAGUGCUGUCGACCGGACCAUGGAUACACUCACGACAGCCGGGCCGUGCGGUUCUUAUUUGAAGUGUUGAGCAGCUUCGACGCUGAGCAGCAAAGGCUCUUCCUUCAGUUCGUCACAGGAAGUCCCCGACUGCCAGUCGGAGGAUUUCGGAGCUUGAAUCCGCCACUGACUAUUGUGAGGAAGACUUUUGAGUCGUCUGAAAACCCGGACGACUUCCUCCCAUCAGUCAUGACCUGCGUCAAUUACCUGAAGCUGCCUGACUACUCCAGCAUAGAGAUCAUGAGAGAGAAACUGUUGACUGCCGCUCGAGAGGGCCAGCAAUCCUUCCACCUUUCCUGA